GUGGUGGAGACCCGCGCUCCCAGCCGCCAGCAAACGCAGUCAGUCAGUCAGUCUGCGAUCUAGUGCAUUCAGUGACGUGCGCCUGCACCCGCCGAGCGGAAGGAAUGACCUAACGCCAAGUGCGAGCAUGGAGAACGCGCCGCACAACACCCGCUCCUAACAUGAAGUUCAGAAGCGGUGCCUGGCUGCCGAUAGUGCUGCUGGCGGCGGUGUGCAGCUGCCACAUCGCGGCGACUCCUGUCGACGAUGGAGGCUGGGUGCCGAUCGAGCCGAGCGCGAUCGCUAACAGCGCUGAUGAGGCUCCUAAAUUCGGUUCCCGAAUUAAACUCAGAAGCUCACGACCGCAGUCCGCCCAAAAGACGGCGAAGAGCAUCGUCCCGCGCACGACCUCCACGACGACCACCACCACCAGCACGACGCCCAAGCCGAUAGAAAGCACCACAACACAUGUUCCUACGACAAAAACAUCCGUGAAAUUUACCAAAUCGGCGACAAAGUCAAAGCAGCAGCCGCGCCCUCCGCGACAGCAGCCAUUGCUGGUUUACACCACGAGUACAACGACCCCGGUGCCGGAUGACGAGGAGACCAAGAGUUUGUCUCAACAGGUGAAGGACGGCAAGUACGGGCUGAUCCAGAACGAGCUGUUCUCGGCGCAACCCUCCCGACCCGGCAUCCUCAGCUACAGCGAAAACUACGAGGUGCCAAAGGACAAUAGUGAAAACCUCGGCGGGCUGAAACCCGAGGAAAUCUGGCUUUCCGAGGGCCACGUGUUGGUGUUAUCCGGCUCCAACAAGGACGACGACGGCCUGUGGGCGCCCAUCGACGACUACCAAGCGCCUCCGAGGCAAGUGAAGCUGCCACCAAACCCUGACGUGCCGCCACCCUUCCCGGUGCAGUUGCAGGAUGGAGGACCGACCGGUUUCGUAGCUUCCAAAAACGGCAGCAAUCCAGCACUCGAGCCGUACCAUCCACCGGGAAACUCGGGUCCGGGGAACGGGUUUCACCCAGUAUCAGGGCCGUUCCCCCCUCAGCGCCAUCCGUUCCUUCCGCCGCCGCCACCACUCGAUCCAAACAAACCUCUCGACGAGGACGACCCGUCCAUUUACUACCCGCCACCCUACGACUUCUCCUUUCACGGAGACAACUCAAGUGAACUGCCUCCUGGACCUCUGGUUCCAGGAAUCAUUCUUCCACCACCCCCAAACUUCUUCGCACCGCAAAACAAAACCAAGCCAAAGCUCGUCUUCCCGGAUCCAUUCGACUUGGGAUUCAUUCCGCCAGAACAUCAACGGCCGUUUGCACCACCGCCGCCACGACGACCACCACAACCACAACGCCCAGCGGUGCGUCCCAGACCCACCACCACGACCACUACAACCACAACAACUACCACGACUACGACUACAACAACAGCCAAACCACCGCAGCAGCAGUUUGUCGAGAACGAGGUCUACAUUCCAGAGUACCCAGCGAAGGAACCAAAUGUCAUUUUGCAUCAUCACGGCAGCCCUUUGUAUUACGUUCCAGAGCAGUUCCUGGUGAGGAAUGUCACCACUUUCGUAGCUCCUCCAGAACAAGUGUACGUGUACGAAGUGCCUUUGAGUCAAGCUCCGAGAAGAAAGCAACAACCCAAGCAGAAAACCGUCGUGAGUUCCACCCCGGCUCCAACGGCUCUGUACUACACGCUGCCUCCGGACACGAACGUGCAAAUUUCGGUGUACACGGCAGCGCCUCCAGUGGAGGACCGAAAGCCGAAAUAUUACACCAACAACCAACCGGCCAAUGUCAUCCACAGGGAGUACUUCACGACGACGGCGAAGCCUCCCCAGUACGUGCAAACCACCCCGAAACCCUCGUACACUGCACAAAAGCCGCACGUGAUCACACAGGAGUACUUCACCACUCAGAGGCCGGUGUCGUCGACCAAACUGAACACCCCUACGACGCCUGCCUACGCCCCGGAGGCCACCCCCAACCCCGUGUACAACCAAGACUCGUUCCAGCCGUCCUACGACUUCCCCUUCCAGUACACGACCCCCGCGCCGCCCAGUCGCGGCAGGUACUACCCCCAGAACGACGUCUACACCCCGCGUAGACCAUACGACGGAUUCGUGCCGUCACCUCCGGCCUACGCGCCGCGUCAACGGCCGCUCGACCUGCUGAAUCUGCUGAACAACGACCCCAACAGGUUCUACCUGCCGAGAGGACCGGUAAAUCCGACAGUGGCGCCGUACUACCAGCAACAGGCCGACAACUUCUACCGGCAGAACGUCGUGUCCACGACGGCCAACCCGAUUUUCAGCGGGUUGUACACGCAGGAGGACGCCAAGUACAUGGACGCCUUCACCAAGAGCCUGUUCAACGCGUUCGGCCAGAAGGUGAGGGGCACGACGCCCCUGCCGGCGGCGGCGGCGCCGACGUCGGUGCCCUUGCACGACGACGUGCGCGUCAACUACCGGCAGCCGUUGCCGGCCGUCAACCCGGACAGCGAGUUCGUCAACCUGCGGGAGCCAGCAUACGUGUCAUAUCAGCUGCCGGGCGAGGGCCGCCGGGGGCCCAGCCACUACUUCUACAUCUCACCACGCACCCCGAGAGGCGCCAAGGGCGAGGAGUCGGCCCCGCCCUCGAGACGGAAGCAGCAACAGUGAUUAAAUUAUAGAAAAGUGCGUUGUGUGGAGUGGACCAGUUCGAGCAUAUUAUUUAUUACCGUUUAAGGUUGUAACCGUAGUGCCGCGUCUUUUUUUACUGAUUGUCACCUGCUGAAAAAACAAACAAUCUCGCGCUUCCGUCGGUUAAGUGUUAGAUUUAAUCAAAUUGUAUUAAACAAUCGGAAGUGUACGUAAUACGUAAUUUAGGCGAAUAAAAAGCAUUCAAGGCAAA